AUGCCUAAAUCUCAAGCGAAGAAGAAGUCUCCUGCGAAGGGCUUUAAUGCCUCGAAGUCAAACUCAAAGGCAGGAACACCAGCUCCGUACGAGUUCAGCGGGCGUGACACGAUCAACAUCAGCUCGUUCGACCUUGCGCAAGUUCAGGAAUCGCUGGAGCACUCCGAUGUGCCUUCAUUGCAACCACAGCUCAAGUCGCCCAGACAAUGCCCUCGUGAAUUGAACCACCCCAUGCACUGGCAGCUUUCACAGCAUGAAUUCUUGAUCGCGCGCCACAAGGCUUUGCGGUCAUCAGUGCCUUCUCAUCCGCCCACGUUACCUGCCCACGAACCAGCUUCGAAAACCCCCGAAACCCUUCCGCUCAAUGAAUCAACCAGCGAUUCAUGCUCCUCGUCGCCUGGCGAAAGCUCGACGACCUCUACAAAACCUCCACUCCCAGAAGCCCGCGUAUCCCCUCCUGAAGAGCUGAACGAAACCCCCCGUCAAGCGCCCCCUCCGAUCGAAGACCCCGCCUACCCCUGGGCGGAAGAAGAGCUUCAAGCUCUACUGGAGAUGCGAAAUGAACAACGUCGCUUGCACAAAGAAACCCUCGAUGCGAUGGGGCGAAUGGCCUACUGGUCCUUCAGAGCGCAACGUGCUGCGAAUCGAGUCGAGAAGACAAUGUGUGAACUGAGGAGCUACAUGGAUGAGGUUCUGGCUGAGUAA